AUGGAGCAGUGUUUUGCGUUGGUGUUGCUGGUUCUGUUGGAAGCCUUCCUCGUGCUAGGUGAUCCGGAUGCAGAUCCAGGCGCUAAAUCAAUCGCCGAUCCUCAUGCGAGUCCCAAUCCUGUUGCCCAAGGGUACCCUAGCAGCAGCAGCUCGAGCUCGAGCAGCGGCAGCGGAGGCUACGGUAAGAAGAAGAAGCAGAAGAAGAAGAAGAAGAAGAAGAAGAAGAAGUACCCCUCCUCCUCCUCCUCUUCCUCCUCCAGUUUUGGGACUGAAGAAAGAGAGACAUUGGGAGGGAAUAUGCAAUCUGCGACCUGGAGUUCUGAUGCUUUGAGUCCAAAGCGAGUAUUAGACCGCCCCGAUCGACAGUCGAGUAUCGGGCAGAUUAUACGAAGACGAGACCUACUGCAAAAUAAUCGAAAGGAUGUCGGGGACUCCAUCAUGGAGACGAACGGCUCAUCGCUCACCGUCGAGUCUGACUUCCUCACAUUCUGCUCUCUCAAGGAACUCCACUCGGCGAUCGUCAUGAAACUCAUGGCCAUCCGAAAGCAGAUCCAGAAGCGAGAGCAGUUGCCGAUGCUCAUGCUAGUCCCUAUCCUGUCGCCAGAGGACACCCAGGCAGCUUUAGCUCGAGUAGCAGCAGCGGAGGCUUUGGCAAGAAGAAGUUCUCCUCCUCCUCCUCCUCUUCCUCCUCCGGCCUCGGGAAGAAAUUUGAGGACCACUAUUUCUUUUUUGAAGUUACGAAGAUCCCCGGCGGUCGGAAAUGAAGCUGCUCGGGUCUCUCCAUCUCUCUCUUCUGCGCUGUUCAUUCAUCGAUUGUUGAUGGACGUGGCUUUCGGGGAUAGCCAUGGAACAGGGGGAAGCCCCACGGCGUUCGACUGCGGCCUGGCCUGGAUCGUGCUGGAGCCAGGCUUCCUCUGCAGCACACAGGGGGAAUGCGCCGAUGGAACGGGUUUCCAAGAUUUGCAUUUCAUUGCGAUUCAAAAUGACAUGAAGGUGGAUGUCAUCUUGGGCGAUUAG